AUGGCUACACUAGGCUUCAACAUCUUCCUGGCUUGCAACCAUGUGCGUGAGUGUCUGUCUGCUGCGGCAAUUAUCCAGCACUACAUGCUAUCCAAGAGAGCGAGCUGGCGAGAGCAGCCCAGUCACGAGCUGCCGGAAGUGAGAGCCAACUUGAGACGGAUUCUGCUCCUGUCUGAAGUUGCAAGGUGUAAAGCUGACUACGAGUUCCUCGACAACUACAUCCAGAACGUUAAAUAUUUCCGUGAGCUGCCACCGAGAGAUCGACUGCGAUUCUUGAAAGCCGCCAAAGGUAUCGAGCUGGACGAUGGAGACGCUCUCUUUCGGAUCGGCGACCGCGCUGAUGCCUUCUACUGCAUCAUGUUCGGCACAAUGAGUGUGGUCAUGGACUUUUCGCGCAUGGCAGCUCCUACACUCAACGAGUUUGAGGAGAUCAUGAAUCGCGCCCGCGUACACUCGAGCUUCCUCAAUCCCGGUGGGAAGGUCGAUAUGUCGCAUGAAGCUACGUAUGUCAUUCGCACCAUGAAGCCGUUGGAGGUGUUCGGUGAUGUCGGUUUGUUGCUUGAAGAACAGCAACGUACAGCUUCUGUUGUAGCCACGGAGACGACCUUACUCAUGCAGAUUGAUCGUGAUACCUUCAUGGCGUUAAGGGCACGUAACAUGUCGAGGGAACUCCGUGAGAAAAUGACGUUCUUAGCGGGUGUAGCAUGCUUGGAUCAUUGGGAAGAUGAAGGCAUUUUGAAGUUGUGUGACCGAAUGGAGAAGGUCCAGCAUACAUACAACGAUGUCGUCGUGGCUGAGGGUGAACCUGCAAAUAAUUUUUUUUUCAUUAAACAGGGCGAAUGCAGGCUUGUCAAGCGUUACUCUGCUCUCGAACAAAAGAAGAGACAGCACGAUCACAAACAAUGUUUUGUUGAAAUAUCCUCCAUCAGCAGUCAACACUAUUUCGGCUUCUACGAGGCAAUUUUGUGUGUGCCUAACGCGGUAUUCUCUGUGCUCGUGUCUUCACCCUCGGCAAUUCUGUACCGCGUAGACCGCGUAGACUUCCGACAAAUUGUAUUGAAAGAUGCGACCACAGAGCAAAUGCUGCGUCAGGAAGCCAUUGGUUUAUCUGCACGCGCCGACAUUACCAGUGUUAUGCGCGACUUGAAGCGGGAAACAAAAUGGAAACAGUACAAACAGGAAUUAGUGGACUCGGUUUUUACUAGACAUGAGGAAGAGCAUGUUCCCAUCAUGGGUCCAAGACCAAACCUCGGUGGUUAUCACACAGCACGAGAACCAAAGUUUACUUUACCAAAACUAUCAACUUCACCACGAGGAUCACAAACAGGUCGAGAAGUUCCAGGCGUGUCCUCUGGCCGGCUACGACGAGUACAAAAACCACUCCUCGAUAACCCACGCCGUUCACAUGGACAUGAUGGUGGUUGGCUAGACUGGGCACGACAACGCGCUGGAAGCGGGGACAACACGAGCCCAGGCCAUGCUGACAAGAAUGAACAGGUUCUGGUUAGCAAUGUUCAAUGGGGUAAAACCUCGCAGAUCAUGGGUAAGCUGCGCAAUGAUGAAGACAAGGUCUCCACGGCCAUCGUUGAUCUAUUCAAAGCAAAGGGUGCUGAACAGUAG